AUGUGGCUGGUGUUAGGGGUUAAUCGGUGCAGAGGCGGGUGGUUACCGGGUCACGGGCCGGAUGCGGUGUUUCCUUUGUCAGGCCUCCGUAAAUCUCCUACCAAAGGUGCUAUCGCCAACAAAGAUUGUUCCUUCUCUAACCUUCCCCCCCCCCCUCGUGCCCCUUCGGGCACGCGGGGUCGGUCCUAUAAGUCUUCCGCGCUCCAUGCGCCUUCGUGCAAUUUAAGCUUUACCUUAUCUUUUAACUUUGCCAUUAUGCUUUGGCCGCGACACCGACACCUCGCCGGCACGUUACCGGAAGGCACCGUUUGUUUGCAAAAAACGUUUAAAAAGCACGGAAAGCUAAAAUCCAGGCUUUUAUUUAUAAAGUGCUUAUUUACAAUAACAUUAAAAGCAAUACUUAAUGGCACGGCAUUUUGCUAA